AUGCAAUAAGUCACAUAUCGUUUUUUUGAACAUUGCAAAUAACAAACAUGGCCACACCUUUUCUGCUUCUUCUUCUUCCUAUGAUCUUCUCAUCUAUUCUCCUUCUUACCAUCACCGUUACACAAUCCGAAGCUUACUCCAAAACGACGCCAUUUGAAGGAAAUAAGCCGGAUAAACUCACACACCUCCACUUCUACUUCCAUGACAUCAUCUCCGGUGACAAUCCCACCAGCAUCAGAGUCGCUGAAGCCCCCGGAACAAACUCCUCCGCCACCGUAUUCGGUGCGGUUCUUGUCGUUGACGCCCCGUUGACCGAGGGACCUGAGCUGAGCUCGAAGGAAGUGGGGAGAGCUCAGGGGUUGUACGCAUCGACGGACAUGAAAACGUUUGGCUUCUCAAUGGUCUUUAACUUGGCGUUCACGGAAGGAGAGUUUAACGGCAGCACCGCUGCGAUGUAUGGACGGAAUCAGAUACUGCUGGAGGAUAGAGAGUUGCCGAUCAUCGGAGGUACCGGUGCUUUCAGGUUUGCUAGAGGCUAUGCUCGACCAAAGACUUAUAAGAUUGUUAAUAUAGAUGCCGUGGUUGAGUAUAAUGUCUUCAUUUGGCAUUAACUUUUGAGAUUUAUUUAUGUACGUAAUUCGAGAAUAAAUUGUUUCACUUUGC